AAAUGGAUUUUAUGGUUCAUGGUUCGCCAACACCAAGAAAUCAUGAGCGAGCUAUUCCAGGAAGUGCACGGAAUCGACCUGGGAAUGGAAGGCCGCCGAGUGCAAAACCAACAGUGAACAGGAAUCCCAUCACUGGAGAGGAGAAACCUAUAAGUAAACCAGAAGAUAAACCCCCCAGUAGACCAGACAGCAGGCCAGCAGGGGUACCUGCUUUGAAUCUGAAGGCUUUCCAGCAUGAAGAGUAUACAGUGUCCAAACCAGUAGAAAUGAUAGACUAUCCAGACACAGGGAGGUCUGGGAUAUCUACUAUAAGUUGGGGUACCCCUUGUUCAACAGCCAGAAAUAACAUUGACAGACCCUCCAGCAGAACAGCACAUAAGAGCAGCAAGAGUGUACGGCCUGAUAGUGUUCCUGGUCUGUACUUUGGAUACACUGAUGACAACAAACAGAAAGCAAAAGUACACAAAGAAAAACAGCCCACUGCCUGGGACAAGAACCCAUGUCCAGAUGACUUAUCUCCUCCUUCAGAACGAUAUAAAGAAAUGUACCAACAGUAUACUGAUGAUAUGAAGCAAUCCUAUAGAGCCAAGAACCAUUCUGUCACAGAGGAGGAUGUACACAAAGAAAUUGCAGCUGUGAAAAAAUCUCGUCCCAAAACUUAUGGGGAGAUUCGAGAUGAGGUGGAAAAAGAGAGCGCCAGAUACGAGGAACCGGAGGACAUACUGGACAAAAACUGGGCCGCGAGAAAAUCCUACGCCACUCAACAGAUGAUGAAAAUCAUGGAUGCCGAGGAAUUAAUAGAAUUUAACAAACAGCAGAAAUUAAUUGAAACUGUGAUGAUAGACCAACUAUCAAGGCCUGUUAUUAGUGACCCAGAACAGAAUAUACGAACACCGGUCCCUAAUGAUACCAGGCGAGCAAGGGGAAGUAAUCGAUAUCUUCACGACUCCAGAGUCAGAACCAGUGCCACUGCCACAGAAAAUUUAUUGUCAAAACGGGUCCGCUUUGGUGCUAGAAUUCUAACAAGAAAUGGGCAUGAUGCUUUGAGAGAGUUAACUGGUUUUUAUUUCCAUGUAGACAACACACUCACAAUAUAUGAAUUUAGACAAUUUGGUAAAAGUGCUAAAGCAUUGCCUUUAAUAAAGAGAGGGAAAUACAAGCACCUGACAGGAGGCAGAAAGAAUGAGCCGUAUACACUGUUUGAUAUAUACUCGGGAGCCAACCUGAUCAUUUCCACAGAGGGCCAGCACUCUCUACCAGACACAAUGAAGAAAGCUGACCAUGUUUACUUCAGAGUCACAGAUGUGGAUGAGGCAGCAAAACAGGAUCUCAUGGCUAAUGAUAUGCCAACCACCUACAGACAAGGUGUACAGAAAUCCAUUGAUUCAGACAUUCAGAAAGUGGUGGCUGCUGUCCAAGCUGAGGUUCGAGAGAAGAUAAGUAAGAGAGGGAUUAAGACCUACACAGGACUGGGGCGUUACUACAGGGAGAGAGACGAGAGGGGGGAUGGAGUUAUGUACAGGUUCCAGUUAGAGAAAGGACUGUUCACAUUCCACAUAGAUCUCGACCCAGAGUUACUGGAUGCCAUUUUUGAAGCGUUAGAUGUAGACGAGACAGGAGAAUUAGACUACAGUCUGUACAUGAGGGAGGUCCUAGGACAGAUGAAUGAGUAUCGCAAGUCUAAAGUUCGAAAGGCUUUUAAGAAGUUAGAUUCCAGUAAGAGUGGUCGAGUCACAGUAAUGGACAUCAGGAAAUACUUUAACAGUAAAUUCCGCCCUCCUCCACAAGCAGCUGGAGUAGUCCCAGGGAUGAACCCGGUGCAGGCGUUCUUAGAGGCUGUUACUGCCUCCUCAAGACAGGAGAGUGUUUCCUACGUAGAGUUUGAGGAGUAUUACGAAGGACUCAGUCUGGCCAUCGAGAAAGACGAGGACUUUGUCAACGUUCUUCAUAAUACAUGGAAUGUCUGAAAUGCAGGACUGAAUUAGAAGAGAGGUGAUAGUAAAAUACCCCUAGGACAAAUAUUACCUGUAUUUGAUAACAGCCAGGGGUUUUGCAGAGGAGGUGAAAAAGUAUUUGUU